CCUCUUACUACAUUACAAGAUUGGGUUUUGAACCCUUCGCAUACCGAGGGCUUGAGACUGGAAGUAGAGAAGUGGCGGCCCAUGUAGUCAGACAAAAUAAGAUUCUAUUUGAGUUUGAAAACAUGCUGAACCCUUAUGAGCCAAAAGAGAUAGGAGAGCAUUUAAUCAAGCAUGGAGAUGGGGUGAAAGAUGUUGCAUUUCAAGUGGAGGAUGUUGAUGCUAUAUACAAGAGAGCUGUGGAGAAGGGAGCAAUAGUCGUAAAACCGCCAUCUGAGAUGUCGGAUGAGAACGGAACUGUACGAUAUUGUGUGAUACAGACGUACGGAGAUACGACCCACACCUUGUUUGACCUAUCUGGCUUCAAGGGAAUCUAUUUACCAGGUUACAGAGCUACAGAUUCCACUGGUGAUCCCCUAACUAAGUUGCUACCAAAGAUUGGAUUGAAUUUUACAGAUCAUAUUGUUGGUAAUCAGCCAGACAUGGAAAUGGCUAAUGUAGCUGAAUGGUAUGAGAAGAAUUUGAUGUUUCACCGUUUCUGGUCAGUGGAUGACGAGCAGGUGCACACAGAGUACUCUGCCCUUAGAUCUAUAGUUGUCACGAACUUUGAGGAGACGAUAAAAAUGCCGAUUAACGAGCCGGCACCUGGGAAACGCAAGAGUCAGAUACAGGAGUAUGUAGAUUAUUAUGGUGGAGCCGGGGUACAACAUAUCGCCAUGAACACAGAUGACAUUAUUACAGCUGUCACAAAUCUGCGAGCAAGAGGCCAGGAAUUUCUGAAAAUACCGAAGACAUAUUACACUAAUCUCAGAGAGAGGCUAAAGACAUCAAAGGUCAAGGUUACAGAAAGUUUGGAUGUU